UCUGUCUUUGAGAAUUCGGAUAGGGGAAGCUGGGGCCGUAGCAGCUAGCUAGCUAGCUGCACACCGUGAGCGAGAGAAACUCAGUAGAAGGGAAAAUGGGUGCAACGUCGUUAUUGCCGGCGGAUUUGUCAACUUGUUUGAAGAAUUCAAGCCCUACGCCACUCAAAAGAUACCAUUUUUCAUCACAGAAAUUGAGUUUUAGUCUCCAAAUGCGAACCUAUCAGCAUAUUGCUGCUGGCAUAGCCAUUUGUGGGGCUUCAUCAUCAGACCAUGCUUGUUCAUUUGCGCAGGACGAUCUGCAAGCUCUGUUACAGGUCCUUCCAUCUGAUUUGCAUGACAGUCUCCUAAACGAAGUUAAGAGGGAUGAACUUUUGGAGGUGAGAUGUGUUGGUUUUAGCGUCAUCCUUUCUCUCUGGAAACACUCUAAAAACUUCCAAUCAAUAUCCUCUUUGGGAUUGGCAAAAGUUAUCCUCCUGGCAGAUUAUAGCAUUUGCAAUUGAUUUUGAUUUUUCCAUUGGGUCUUGAUUUUCUUCAAAACUUUCUGUCACGUUCUUUUCUGAUGCUUUCAUAAAGAACCUCUAAAGAGGUGCUCCUUACUCUUCUAGAUUUUGGCGUGAUGACUCUUCUUGUUUGUGGAAAUUUUAUAAGAGGAUGAACUUCUCUUAAGAUGUUCAG